AUGAACAGUCACACCAAACACAAUGCUGGCAUCGCCGUCGGUUUCUAUGGCAACGGGGAAUCGAGCGACGGGGCCAAUCGUCUGGCCUACUCCCUUCGCCAUGCCAACCGCACCGUGGCGGGGAUUGACAAGCUUGUGACGGACAGCGCCCUGGCCCUGAACCAGACGGUGGAUGAGGGGCUGGUGCAGCUGGAGACGGCCUAUAAGGAGCAGGCGGACUACGUGUCCAUCGUGCAGAAGCUGCAGGGCCAGCUGGACGAGCUGGUGCGUCUGAUGGUGGACGUCCCCUUCUGGUCCAACGCCGACGUCUCCCUGGAGGACCUGGCCCGCAAGACGGAGACCUUCGACUGGUACAGAUGGCUGGGCUAUUUAACGCUGCUGCUGUUUGACGUGCUCAUCUGUCUGCUGGUGCUCUUCGGCCUGAUCCGCAACUCCAGAGGCACUCUGAUUGGCGUGUGCCUGCUGGGCGUCCUCACUCUGGUGAUCAGCUGGGCCUCGCUUGGCAUGGAGCUGGCUGUCGCCGCAACGGCGAGUGAUUUCUGCGUUUCUCCGGAUACCUACAUCACCAGGGCAACGGAGGAGAACUCUGUUAUUAACCAAGACAUACUGCAGUAUUAUCUUCGGUGCAGCCCUGGCCAGGUGAACCCAUUCCAGCAGAGGCUGUCUGGGAGCCACAAAGCCCUGGUAGAGAUGCAGGACGAUGUAGCUGAGCUACUGAGAUCCGCCACCCGUGACUACCCCAACACUAAGGGGAACCUUGAACAGAUCCAGUCCGUGUUAAACUCCACCGAAGUGGGCCUGCAUCAGCUUACAGCUCAUGUUGACUGCCGCAGCCUACACAUGGACUACGUCCAGGCUCUGACGGGCCUGUGCUAUGACGGCGUGGAGGGCCUCAUCUACCUGGUGCUCUUCUCCUUCGUCACAGCCCUCAUGUUCUCCUCUAUCGUCUGCAGCGUGCCUCACACCUGGCCGAGCAAGAGGACGGAGGAGGAGGAUGGCGAGGACGAGUCGGGCGCCUCGCGCGGCGGCGCGCACGAUAACCUGUACCGAGUUCACAUGCCCAGCCUCUACAGCUGUGGCUCGAGCUUUGGUAGCGAAGCUAGCCUGCCCGCUACGGCGCACACUGUCAGCAAUGCCCCCGUCACUGAGUACAUGAGCCAGAACGCAAACUUUCAGAACCCUCGGUGUGAGAACACCCCUCUGAUUGGCAGAGAGUCCCCUCCGCCCUCUUACACCUCUAGUAUGAGGGCCAAGUACCUGGCCACCAGCAGGCCCGAGCAGAACCGGCGGUCCGUCCCCAACGACCAACUGGACCCGGCCAGCCGCCCCCACGCCACCGCACGUCCCCAGUCCUCCGUCCACUAGAGGGCGACGCCACACCACCGCCGCCUCCAUCUCAUCCUCCACCUCCUCCUCCUCCUCCUCC